GAGAGAGAGAGAGAGAGAGAGAGAGAGAGAGAGAAUGAGUAAGGUGUUCGAAGUAGGGAAGUUGAGUGUAACGGUUGUGGAGGCUCCUGAAAGCUCGUCACCUCCAAAGCCUCUAUUAAUCAGCACUCCAACAGAAGCAGGAGAAUAUCCAGUGGUGGUUUUCUUCCAUGGCUUUUGUCUCACCAACAGCUGCUACUCUGCCAUCCUUCAACACGUUGCUUCUCAUGGAUACAUUGCAGUUGCUCCUCAGUUGUAUUCCUUCACUGAUGAUUUGAUCAGCAACCUCUUCUCUGCGAAUGAAGAGAUCGAAUCAGCUUUUGCAGUCCUCAACUGGUUAUCUCAAGGUCUGCAAUCUUCUCUCCCAAACAAUGUCCAAGCAAACCUACCCAAGCUCGCUAUCGCGGGCCAUAGCCGAGGUGGCCGUGCCGCCUUCUACAUUGCACUCCACAACGGCCAGACCUCAGUCAAAUUCUCCCUCCUGAUGGGCAUCGACCCCGUCGCUGGAGGCAGCAAAGAGAACCAACUCAAGCCUCCAAUCCUCACUUACAAGCCAUCCUCUUUCGACAUUGGCGGAAUACCAGUCUUGGUGGUCGGGUCGGGCUUGGGAGAGCAACAGAAGAACUUCCUCUUCCCCGCCUGCGCUCCCAAAGAUGUGAAUCACAAGGAAUUCUACAACGAAUGCCAGGCGCCGCGUUUUCAUAUGGUUGCGACGGAGUACGGUCACAUGGACAUGUUGGAUGAUAAAAUACCAACAUUAGUGGCGAAGCUUGCUUCUUGUGCGUGUAAGAAUGGUAAAGAGAAAGAACCUAUGAGGAAAUUUGUAGGUGGGAUUAUGGUAGCAUUUCUCGAGGCUUACUUGAAGGAUGAGAGAGGAGAUCUCGAAGCUAUUAUAGCUGACCCUUCUAUUGCACCAGUCGAGCUUAAUCCAGUGGAGUAUGAUGAAAAAUAGAAGGUUUGUGGUGUCGUUUGGUUGCACCAAAUAUUGUGAAAUUUCAUAAUAUCUUGCACCAAAUUAGACUAAUAAAUCAUGAAAUAUCAUGAUAUUUGUUGCAACCAAACGAUAUGCAACCGUUGGUCUUUUGUGCCCCGUCGUGGAUUGAACAUGGAUCAAAAGUCACAUUGGUAGGACAAUCAAAACCCUUCAUCAUUCAAUUGAACAAAUAUCAGUGGCUGGGAUUAAUUUUAUUGUCAAUCCACGGUUGGAUGCAACAGACCAAUGGUCUGGAUUGUUGAUCCAGAGGCUCCGCUUGUAUAGGUCGCCUAUGAUGUACCUCCUCUUAGCUAUGGUGGGAAGUAGGUAGCGUUUUUCUAGGGUUUGUUAAACCGUUUCUGUUGGUGGGUGGGUUCAUUUAUCAUUUGGGCUUAUUUAAUGGCUUUUCUAUUAGGGUAAAUCUUGUGUGAAUGUGUGAUGUAUUUCCUUUGAUUUUCCUUUCGUUUGGUAAGAUUGAAAUGUGGAGUAAGAUUUCUUGGGAAGGAUUUGUAAGAAUUAAAUACCUUUUAUUGGAGAGAUCUGAUGGGAUGCAUCCCUGCAUAGA